CCGUUCGAGGGCUCCUCCUGAAGCAGCCCAGAUGUAGGUCAGCUUCUGCUGCCUUUUCCAUCUGCCUCAGAGCACAGGUCUCAGGGGAGCAUCGAGGAGGGGAAAGAUUCACGGUGUCUGACCACUCUCUGACAUGAGAAGAGCCCUCAGCCAAUGGGAAGUCGUGAUGAUGCUCUGCGCCCUCCUCGACUGGAGUUCCGGAGAAUUAACAGCCAUCAGUUGCUCGGGCCGGGUCUGGGUGGAGCCGGCGCCCAUCUUUGAAAUGGGGUCCAACGUCUCUAUCGUGUGCCAGUCAGCUCUCCGAAACUGCCAGCCACGGAAGUUCCAUCUCCACAGAAGUAGUAAAGGGACCCAGGACAGGCUUCAAAUGGCAAAGAUCAACCAAACGACAGCCCGGCUACAGCUGAGCAACUUUCGAGAGCCACAGGCCUUUGUAAUCUGCACGGUGGAAUGCUCCAAGAGAGAUGGAGAGACAGUCAUCUGCGGAGAAGACAUCGCUUCUGGGUAUCUUCCAAGUGUUCCUGCCAACUUGACAUGCUUUAUUCAUGAGCAUUCCGGCAACAUGACAUGUACUUGGGAUACAGGGACGCCCACCUACCUGGACACCAGAUACACCGUGCAUGUGAAGAGCUUGCAGACAGGAGAAGAACAGCUCUACCUUACUUCAAGGUAUAUUAACAUUUCAACCAACACACUCUGCGGUGGCAAAAUGUACUCCGUUUGGGUCCAAGCAGCAAAUGUGCUAGGCAUGGAAGAGUCAGAUCACCUGCAAGUUAACCUUGAUGACAUAGUGAUUCCUGCCCUGCCAGUCAUUACAAGUGCCGAGGACACGAAUGCAUCAGUGCCCACGACUAUUAUCCACUGGAAAAUCCAAACCUCAAUGGAUGGAGUUUUCUGUGAGAUGAGACACAAAGCAGCCACAAGACCAUCUUGGAAUGUUAAAGAACUGGAAAUCAACAUGACAUCAAUACAACGCACGGAGUACAACCUGGAGCCCAGCACCGAGUUUGCGUUUCAAGCCCGGUGUCGGCAGGCGGGAAGGAGGUACCGGCCAGAGUGGAGUGCGCCCUUUUCCCACACAACCCCAGAAGCAGCUCCCCAGGUCUCCUUGAAAUCAUUCCAAGAUGAACCUCAUCAUAUUGUACCUCUAAGGGCUUCCAUCUUUAAAGACCAUUUGACUUCCGGCAAUACAAAUCCUACCGUUGGGCUUUUGUCUGGAGUGGUCCUCUGUGUCACUGUGCUGUCUACUCUUUUCUUGACUGUGAUAUUUAAACAAUCACUCAGAGUCAGAAUUAAAAGAAGACUCCUAUUGUUGCUGCCAAAUUGGCUUCGUGAAGACAUUCCCAACGUGAGGAAUAGCUGUGCCAUGAAAACCUUACAGGAAAUAAGUGAAUUUAUCAUGAAUAAUUCCAGCGAGCCAUUCCUCGAUCCAGAUCCAAUCGUCACAGAGAUAGAGGAAACCUACCCCCGCAAAGAGCUCCAACCCACGCUCUCCCCAAUGGAGAACACAACAGAGCUGGUGGCGAUCCAGGAGCACCUGCAAACCUCCCCACUUGAGGACUUGACCAUCAUUUAUCUCCCUGAUCGCAGCACUGGCUACAAACCACAGGUUUCCAAUCUGGUCCCUGUGGAGAACCCUCCCUGCGACAUCAGUGGCCUGAGUGUCACGGCCCUGGAAUCCCAAGGCAAUGCCUUGGGGCUGGGUAAGAAUGUGGUGAUCAGAAACUGCCCGAGCCCAGUUUUCCUCUGCUCCAGCCCCAAUGCCGCGAGGGACUUUGUCUCCCUGGCAGGAACAGGCCUCCCCUUUGACCACAGUGGGUCCGCAGAAGGGCCAAAGGAGACUGAAAUGGAGACCGGGAUGAUCUUGGAAAGGCAACCAUCCAGGGAGAGCCUUCCAGAGCAGAUCCUGCUGCCUGAUGACCUGGUCUCUUGUUUAAGGGCCACAGGGGAGGAGGAGUCCCCAGGUGUCCAACCUUAUUUUCCACAGAGCUUUGGAAGGCCGUUUCUGUAGGAUCUUCCCCUUUCGUAGGAAAGGUUCUGUCUCACCCCAGAUGAUCCCAUCGAAGUUGCUGCCUGGCCUGAAGUCUGGUCUUUGUCUUGUCGCCGGGGUUGGGAGGGGUGGAUCCUAGGUCUGGGUGGAAGAUGCCUCAUGGUCAUAGGAACAGAGGAGCAGGGAGGCCAAAGACCCUUCAUUUCUGAGCUGCAGCCUUCUUUCUCUCACUGGUCUCUCCUGAAGGCUCUUUGCAUUGAGAAUGGCUCCUUCGGGGCAGCUAGGUGGUGCAGUGGAUAGAGCACCUGCCUUGGAUUCAGGAGGACCUGAGUUCAAAUCCGACCUCAGACACUUAACACUUACUAGCUGUGUGACCC